AUGUCUCAAACUUCCAGUCUUGUUCAUCACAGCAAUAUGGUAGCGACUGCAGCAACAACGACAGCCACAAACAUCAUCGGAGCUUCAUCAUCGUUGUCAUCUUCGAUAGGAGGCACUAAUAACUUGUCCCAAUCAGCAACAAUGCACAAUAACAACAACGGGAGCAAUUCCGUUCCUUUGAGUUCUGUAUUAGCACCUCCUAACGGCACGCCAAAUACGAACCAUCCUAAUUAUCAUCUAAAUAGCAACAAUAAUAGUAACGGAUCGGUAACGGGCAAAUCAAAUUCAUCGGUAACAAGCAACAAUAAUGGUUUUACGAAUAAUAACACGCUGAUGAACACGAGUAACGUUUAUCAUCACUGUUUGAAUCCAGCUUCAAAUCCGAGAAUCUCCUCACCACCACCCCAAGUUGCAUCAUCGGGAUUGAGUCAUCCGUCUCCCAAUAGUAUGAACUCACCCUCCAUUCCACUCAAUAAUACAAGUCAUGUUCAGAACGGUGGUCCAGCAAUUUCUUGCAAUAAUAAUACCAGCAAUAAUGGAGUGAUCACGGGGUCCAACUAUUCAUUGAAUCAUAAUAACCACCAAUUGUUGUCAACGAACAAUAGCCUGCCAAGUAAUUACAACUCCAUGGGCAAUCCGUUCGGAACCAACCACCCUUCCUCUCCUCCCCAUCAUCAUCUUUUAAUGAACAAUCCGAAUAAUGCCAGCAAUAACACCAUGAUGGUCAGUGGAGGUGGGCAUUCUUCUCCGUAUCACUCUGCUCCAAAUUCUCAACACCACCACCCAAUGCUAGUGAAUGGUAGCAGCAGUAGUAGCCCCUCUCAUCCCAACGUGUUAUCCAACCAAAACCUUCCCAACCUAGGCCACUCGGAACAACAUUCCCUCUCCUCAGCAUCAGUGUCUCAUCAUUCAAUAUUGAAUCAUGGUGCUAGCACAUUUCCGUUUAGUGGAAGUGGUAUCAACCCGAUGAUGAGUACAUCAUCUCCAUUGCACACCCUACACCAUCAAAUGCCAUCAUCACCUGCAUUUCCGAAUACUGUUGGUGCCAAUCAAACCCCUAAUCAGCAACAAAAUACAAUAACGUCGGCUCCGUCAUCACUUGUUCCGUCCUCCUCCAACUCUCACCAAUCAUCUCAUUAUCAUCAAAUUAACAACAGCAAUCAACAAGGAUCAGUAGCAACAUUUUCCAACAAUGCCAUGAUGGCUCUCUCUCCUUCAAACAAUAGUGUAACAUCGGUUGGCAUGACUCCAAGAGGUCACCACACUUCCGAUAGCACACAACUAGACAAUAUCAGUGAACACCAAAAACUUGUGUACGGUAUGAAUACAUCUCCUUUGUAUAGUGGUGGAACUGGUGCAAACUCCACAGCAACCUCGUCGAUAUAUCAGCAUGCCAGUAAUGCUCAUAGCAGCGUCAGCAACCUCGCAACACAAAUGCAACGAGAUAGCCCAAGUACAUCUACAGUGGACUAUUCGGUAGAUAAUGAACAAAGUCGUCCAAUAAUGGGCCAUCUUUCCGAAUUAUCAUCACCAAAAGAUCAACCCUCCAACAAUGAUAAUACGCGCAAAUUUGCUCAAGAAAGUUUUCCUUAUGUUUGGAAAGUGGAAGAGUUCAAGAGGAGCGUGUUUUACGACUAUGUGCACGAUUAUGAGCUGAAAAGAGCAAGAGUUUAUCUAUUGAACCAUUUCCCAUAUUAUGAUCCUCGAUUAAUUGAAUUUAAUUGUAAACUAUUUGGUGUACGGGAAGAUCAAUCUAGCAAAGAUAGAAAUUGCGAUUUACAAAAAGUUCUGUUAGAAUUUGAUGAGGUUCAAUUUAUGUUGUAUCUUCAUGUUGGAAGAAAAAGAGACGCUCUAGGUAUAAUCACAUCCAUGAUAAAUUGUGGCCUGAUAUGUGAGACAAGUAAUAAUGAAACUUCUAUUACGAAUUCGUUGCUUCAAAAGUACAACGCCUUACUGUUUGACAAUACGAGCUGUAUUUCUGAGAAUUUCAUACCCGAGAAAUCUAUUACCAGACUCAAAGAAUCAACAGAACAAUUUUUCAACAAGUAUGGAGUUGAGGAAGAGCAUGAUUAUACUCCUCUCAGCAUUAACAUGCAAUCAUUAGAACAAAAACGUAAAUUGGAACAGGAAAGUGAGGACGAGAGCGAGGACGACUCUGACUGUAGCAUAUACAUUCUGUCGGAAUCUGAGGACGACAGAACACCUCGUUUACGCUACUACAAUAAUUGCUAUCAAAACUACAUUCCAGAAAUAUAUUAUCAGCCAACCAAUAAUUCCUCUCCUAUUUCAACUGUUGGAGUUAAUGAACAUGCAUGUUUUGAAAUGGGUGGAAUGUCUAAACAUGGCACGCUAAUGACAGAUUCAUCUUUUUCUCCCUCCAUCAUUGGAGAAUUAACCAAAAAGAAGAAGAAAAAGAAGCCUUCCUCAACUAUUUCUUCUUCUUCCUCUAAAGAUAGCGACAGAACAGGUAGUAGCAGUGAUUCUCAAGAGGAUGAUGAUUAUAUGCCUUCGCUAAAUGGAGGAAUUUCAAAGAAAGCCAAACUGAAAAAGAAACGUAGAAGUAAUGCCAAACGAGCAUGCUAUCACUGCAGACGAUCCCACUUGAGGUGUGACAAUUUGAGACCUUGUUCACGUUGUACUGCUCGUGGUUUGGAUUGCUACGAUAUGGAACAAUGA